AUGUCGCUCCUCCUGAAUGAAGACUUCACGACCUAUCAACUGCGUCUAUCAUUCCUAAACAACCACCGCCACGUAGGUGAUGGCGUGGGCGAGCGCCUAAUCAACCUUCCUACCGGAGUCCUGAACAAUCCUGCUUUUCGUGCUGCAGGCUGGCUCCCGGACACACAAGCAGUGAAACGAUGUUACAGCCCGCCCAUUCCCACUACGGGCGCGGCAGGGGCAGAUGCGGGAAGCUAUUUCCGCGCCCCGACUAGGACUCGUGGAAUUAGCAUCGAGGAAGACAGGCCGGUAAGGGAGAGCGAAGAUGCCGGUGGAAUGGUUACAGGGAGGGCCGGUAGUGAGGACACGAUUCCUGCCGGCACGCUCAUGGCAGCUAAUGACCGCAAGCGGCGGCAGCGCACGAGGAGAGAGAUGCUGGAGGAGGAAGACAGCUCUGACUUGGACAGCGACGACAGUGAAGAUGACGAAAAGUCUGCGGCGCGAGGCAUCUCGUUCGCAAAAAUGCCAGUACGUGAUCGGUCAAAGUCUUCACCCGCAAAUCCUCUCGAAGCCGACGAAGGGGCUGAUGGACCGGCACUGAUGAUUACGAGCCCUUCACGCCCGCCUGAAGUCGUGGCCGAGGCACUGAGGAGAGGAAGCCUAGGUCAGGUCGAAGCGAUCAAGCAACGUGCACGACGUGAUACGACUACAAGCAGCGAGAUGAGUUCUGAUAGCGAAGCGCUAGACCCUAAUGCUUUCGGUCGGAAGCUGCCUGGUAGACCCGGUGGGCAGCGGAGGGUGCAUCUUGCCGAGCGCAUUCAAGAAGAAGAGGACCUGCCACGACGUCCUGCUGAAGAAGACGAAGCAGGCGAAAGUGAGCUCGAAGACUCGGAUGUGGGCGAGGCUUCCGACUUGAGUGAUGAGUUUGACGUGGAUGCUGGCACUGCAGAUUCGGCCUCCUUGCUUGGCCUAGGCGUUGUUGGAGGACAGGGCAUUGGCUCCGAGACCAGUCCGAUGAAGGCAUUGCCCGAUAUGCCACCCGCGGUACCUGCAGAACCCAGGCACUCAGUAGCAGGCAAGUCUGCAACAGAUGAUGCAAUGACCCCAUUGCCGAAACUACCGCCAGGUCAUCGCUUGACCGCUGUGGUACCUCCGUCUCUUAUUACCAUGGCUCUCAGAGGCAACAGCCCAGGCCAGAGCACGGACAAGCCAUUCCAACGGUUCGCCGAAUGGAGUGGGAAGGAUGAGAGCAGUCCACUAUGGAUCAAGAUCUACGCUCCGUUCUCAUCCACUCCAUCGAAAGCAUUGCAGGUCCCAAUCCGACGACAGCGAGAAGGCGAGAAGGCCACAGUCACCGACCUCAUUGGCUUGAGUCUCUGGCGAUAUAACGAAGAGGGCUACAAGCCUCCAGUAGGCGACAAGGGAGAUGAGGAAGCCAAUAUCAACCGCUGGACUCUACGCAUCGUCGAGGAUGAAGAGAUAGACUUUGACUUCCCUGCUCUCGUACGCACGAGACCUGUCACAGACUUCACUUCCAACAACAAUCGUCCACCGCAGCGGCGAGCGAGAGACAAGCCCUGGGACGAGUUCGGCUUGGUGCGAGCAACUGACGAGCAAUUUAAGGAGAACGAAGCUCUAACGCCAUCCAUCGGCACUUCUACGAUGGGUACACCAAAUUUAACAGCAGCUCCCACACCGCGACCGAGUGAGCCGGAGUUGCAAGUCUGCCCUGCCACAGCAGUGAGAUCAGAGACCGAGACUUCAGUUCAAACCACUCGAUCCACAACACCAGCCCUCCAAGCGCCGAGACAUCCCAUCACUGGCCCUUCUUUUGCAUCGUCAGCUCUGCGCAAAGAAACUGGCAAUGCAUUGGACUUGCCGCAGCGGGAUGAAGCGCAAUCUACACCUCGAACAGGCGCACCAAAGACCAUCACUGUCCACUUCACCGACCAAAACACCUUUGCCUCUACCACCGUUCCGAUUCAAACCACAGCGGACACAUACAUCGCUGAGAUCUUCGCAGAAGGCUGCCACAAACUAAAUCUAGAGAAAGCUCUUUACGUCCUCAAAGUCCAUGGUACUCAAACUGUCGCGCCAUCUGACCGCACUGUGGAGGCUUUAGGCGACAAGCUGAGUCUGGACCUCGUUCGUCGCCGCUUCAUCGGCGCAGGGGCAGGCGACGGCAUGUUUGGACUUGGCCUCUCUGGCUCACCUGGCAGCACCAGCCCCAACGCUCCUCUUGAACUGAACAAUAUUACCACACCGGGCGGCGGAAACGCAGCAGGUGGCGGCAAGAAGCACAAGAAAGGCACUGGCGCAGGCUACACCAACCCAAACGCUCAACUCACCAACGCCUCUAACCUCAAUCUUGGCCUCGGACGCGGUCUCGGCCUCGACAUCGGCGGCAAGCGAUACAACGUCCUACGCAAACAACCGCUCUCCUUCGCACCCUCUCACCCACGCACUCUGAUCAUCACAGCCGAGUACCUCACGAUCCUCCCCGCAGCACCGCCCGGAACACCAGGAGUCAUGGGCGCAGCGGGCGCAGGAGGGGGUAAGGUAACGAAUGUCCCAAUGAGCAGUAUCGUCGGCGUGAAAGUGAGUGGGAGACAUCCGAAGAUGGUGCGGGUGCUGGUGUUCCGGGCUGCGGCCGGGGGGGCCGGAGCACAGGAGACGAAGCGGUAUGACUUUGAGUGCGACAGUGGGAAUGUGGCUACGGAGAUUGUGUCGGAGGUGAGGAAGGCGCUUGAGGGGUUGGAGAGGAUGAAUGGGUGA